CUGAGGCGAGAUUGUUAUAAGAUCUUGGCUUCAGACAAGCUCGACAGAGGCAGGUGCCAGGAGUACAAGGUUAGUUCCGGGCUCGGUUCAAGUUGAUAUAAAUAAAUUUCCCUAAAAUAGGAUAGCACAUGCUCGAGCCAGGCCUAAUUAAUAUUCCGUCAGACUCAGACCUACACGCAGCAGGAUCGUUGUUUCCAUCCGUGAAUCGAUCUGGUCUCUGCUUAGUUUGUAGGCGCUAGGAGUAUAUCCGCUCUGAGUAUACCAAUUCAGGACAUAUUUAUAAGAGAAUGGACGCCGCCGUUUUUCUUGGAUUGCUGCAUGCGUUAUUCGAUGGCUUCCUCAGGUUUAUUUGUGCCAACAUACCGCCUUUCAGGAGGCGUUGGAGUGUUAAGGAAAUGCCAGAAUUAUCAGGACGUGUGGCGAUAGUCACAGGUGGGAACACGGGGAUCGGCUUUGCAACUUGCCUCGAAUUGGCUCGUCGAGGAGCAAAAGUCUAUUUGGCAUCCAGGACGGAAUCCCGGGCGAAAGCAGCCAUCCAAAAGAUCAAACAACUCGUGCCCGAUGCACAAGUCGACUUCAUUCCCUUUGAUCUCAGGAUCUUAUCUUCUGCGAAAACAGCAGCAGAAGAAUUCAAGGGCAAAGAGUCUCGACUUGAUAUACUCAUCAACAACGCCGGCAUCAUGGCGGCACCAUACGAGCUCAGUCCAGAUGGAAUCGAAGUACAAGCUUGCAACGCAACUGGCCAUUUUGCUCUCACCUCUCACCUCUUACCGAUCCUCAAGCGGACGGCGUCAUCCAUCUCCGACUCGCAUGUCCGGAUCGUCAACGUCGCCAGCGUAGCACAUUUGUUCGGCACAGAUCCCGACUUCUCUAGCCUUGAGGGAAUGAAUCGUCCAAAUGAUUGGCCGAUGAGUAGAUACGAUUAUAGCAAGCUCAGUAAUGUCUUGUUCACCAAUGAACUCCAGAAAAGGCUUUCCGAUACCAGCAUCUAUUGCCUAUCGGUGCACCCAGGUUUGGUUGCCUCACAGAUCACAAGAAGCGUGAUUAGUGAAUCGCUUACAGACUUCUUAGCGAAAAUCGGUAGUUACAUCAUUUCCAGUCCACAUGAGGGAGCCCUGACGCAAUUAUACGCGGCCACUUCCCCGGAGAUCGAAAGCAAGGGACUGAGGGCCGCUUAUUUGGUGCCAUAUGGGCAAGUAGGUCGCAAGAGUCUGAUUGCUGAGGAUCGGGGUGGAAAAUUAGGCCGACAGUUCUGGGAUCUCUGUGAACGUUUGAUGCAAGCUGCUGAAGACAAACAGAAAUAAAUCUUCCCUUGGCAUUGGUCACUUUGAUGUUGAUGUUCAAGUUGAGAGUCAGCUACUGACAUUCAAGUUGCUUAUCAGAUUUUGAUUUUGCAUGUACUAAGCUCCUUCUCCAAUGAAAACUCUUAUCCCUUCGUUGACAUGCUUAUUCUGUUGAUUGCUGUCGCAGAAACGUAUCCCCUAAAGCAUGCUACUACUGCUAGUACCUACUAACAAGCAAUUUAUGGCAGAACAUCAAGGAA